GUCAUGCUUCGCAACCCAGCGGAGCCCUUUCAUCUCUUCCUUUCCUACAGCUGGUGUCUGCUUUGCACAGCCUCACCAGGCACGUCGUGUACCACGGCUUGACAAGGGCAGAAGAUAUCCUCGCUCUCUUCCCAGAAAACUUCCACCAAAAUCUGAAAAACCUUUUGACUAAGAUAAUCUUGGAGAAUAUCUCUGCUUGGAGGAAUGAAGCACAAGCAAGUCAGAUCUCCCUGCCUCGUCUGGUUGACAUGGACUGGAGGGUAGACAUCAAGACGUCUUCAGACAGCAUCAGCAGAAUGGCAGUCCCAACUUGCCUGCUUCAGUUAAAGAUUCAGGAAGAUGUUGCCGUAUGUGGAAAUAGUCCUGUUGUUUCUGCACUGACUGUGGAACUGAGCAAGGAAACCCUGGACACUAUGUUAGAAGGUCUAGGAAGGAUCCGGGACCAACUUUCUGCCGUUGCAAACAAAUGAAUGCUCCAGGGCAUGGAUUCCAGCAGUGAGGAAGGGUAGUAUUCUCUGCCUACAGCUCUCAGAAGUUACAGCCUCAUGUUAACACAUUUUCUAUUUUAACAAAACAAAAUUAAAAAGAUUUCUUUAUUGAGUUAAUCCAAUUGCUUUUGAAAAGGUAACACUUGAAACGUUCCUUUGGUCUGAUGCCAAAAGGUGUUUUCCUAGUAUGUUGUUGGAUGAAAGCUGGUUUCUCUUUCAGAAAAGGAUUCGAGUGCUCAGUGUGGCUUAAUCACAAGGACCAUAACUGGAAAUGGCAAAUAGCUGCAGUGAGUGAAGCAAGUGGCAUC